CCGUUCGUUGUUCCAUCCUAAAUGCUCAGAGAUUGUCGUAGUGCGAUUUUCGCGACUGCUAUCAGGGCACAAAAAGGCGCUGUGUCUUCAUUAUCAGCGUAAGCAGUGCAGCAGCGCAUGGGCGGAACAGUCGUUUGUGUAUUUCAGAGGCUUGAGCCCUAGUGGACCGAAGCAGCAACAGUCAAGCUAGAUUGAACACGCGAGUUUUGUGACGCAUGCGAUUUACUUUCAUGACAUCAAGUGUAGUGUUUGGACGGACGGUGGAGUGGUAGCAGUGAAACCUUACCUCGGUUAACAAAGGGUCUUGUGCGGUCCGCGCUUUUAUUAUUUAUCACGAGUAAAGUCUUCAGAUUGUUGUGCAGAAGCUGCCCAUAGCGAAUUACAGAUUGAGCCUGCGCCCCGCCGUUGAUUCAUAGCGUAUGCCUCACAUCACCUCUCAUAGAGUCUCAGGCGUCAACUCUCUACCUUUUCCGCCCAUGUCUGUGCCGAGACCAAACCCUAGCCUCCCUUACCCAUCCUGGUUCUCGUUUCUCACGGCCAUACCACCUCCUCCGAGCCCGCGGGAGAUUAAAGACUUCGUUCUCGGCGGUCGCGACUCCACGGAACCGCUCGACCCAUACAGGCGGGAAGUGCGGGAAGGGCAGGUGCAGUGGUGCCUGGCGGUGCUGCUGCUGGUGAUCGCCUCAGUGCUGCUCGUUGUAAUCCUUGUGGAGGAAGCUUCGGAGCAACCCACUGGGUCACAGAUGCUCACAACGCACUAUCCCCUGCUUCCAAACUCGUCAGCCCCUGUCUUGGCCAAGUGGCUUCCCAUCAAUUCCUCUGCUGAGUUGAGCACAGUAGCCAAUAAAGCAUUGAGCGAACAGCUAGAUGAGCAGAAUGAUAGCUCUUCUAGCAAUAGAUCGUACACCAAUUCUGUUGGCGCCUCAAUGAAUGAGGCGCCUUAACAAUAUGUAGGUGGCAAUGGACAAUGCCCUGGACAGGGUAGAAGUGCCAGAGCAAGGUGGAAAGGGUGACAAGGCUGCAACACAAUUAAGUUAUAGGUGACUGAUGAAAGUAUCACCGUUCUCCUGCUCAAAAGCAGACC